AUGGCAUCGGAGGCAUUUCUCGAAUACAGUAAUAUCUUCCAGGAGGAUAUGGUUUUUGUUUAUUUGUCCCUGUUUGAUGCCAAUUUAUUAUUGGUAUUUCUAAUGAUAUUGCAGAAUAACGGACGCAUCAAGUUUGGCGAUCAUCAGAUCCAUUUUAAAAAUCUUAUCACUGGAAAAGUUCUAACAGUAAACGUUUCGGAAAUUGAAAAAAUAUUUUGGAUGCGAUUAGGAAAUAAACCUGGUCUCAAGUUUUCUCUCUCAAAUGGUGUAAUUCAUCGAUUUGGCGGAUUUGCUGAUAAAGAUUAUGAAAAAAUAAAAGAUUUCGCUUGGAAAAGUUGGAGCAUUGAGGUUGUUGAAGCGGAGCAGUGUAUUAAAGGCUGGAAUUAUGGAAAAGCGAAUGUUAAAGGAAGGGUACUGGAGUUCGAAGUGGAUGAUAAACCAUGCUUUGAAAUUCCUUUGAGUAACGUAAGUAAUUGUACUACGGGCAAAAAUGAGGCUGCUUUGGAAUUCCAUCAAAAUGAUGAUUGCCCUGUAUCACUUAUGGAGAUGCGUUUUUAUAUACCCACUGAUCCAGACGCUGAUGAUGAUAUCGAUGCUGUGGAAGAAUUUCGAAAUGCUGUAAUGCAAUAUGCCGGAAUUGAAACUGAAACUGAUCUGCCAGUAGCAACGCUUCAACAAAUUCUUUGCACUACUCCUCGUGGUCGUUACGAUAUCAAAGUUUAUCAGAAUCAUUUGUCUCUUCAUGGUAAAACUUACGAUUACAAAAUCCCUAUAAAAACUAUAACGCGCCUAUUUUUAUUGCCACACAAAGAUGGUCGUCACAUGUAUUUCGUGAUUAGUCUAAAUCCUCCAAUUCGUCAAGGCCAAACGCGUUAUCAUUUUCUUGUCCUAGAAUUCAAUAAAGAUGAAGAAAUUGAACUGGAUAUUGGUCUUACACAAGAUCAAAUCAAAGGGCAGUAUAAAGGUAAACUUGAUAAGACAAUUAGCGGAACCGUAUUUGAAGUUAUUUCGAAAAUAUUUCGAGUUAUUGUGGAUAUGAAAAUUACGGUGCCGGGCAGUUUUGUUGGGCAUUCUGGCACACCUGCCGUAAUGUGUGCUCAUAGACAAGCAUCUGGAUUUUUAUAUCCGCUUGAAAAAGGUUUUGUAUACGUCCAUAAACCGCCGAUGUAUAUUCGAUUUGAAGAAAUAAGCAGCGUAAAUUUUGCUCGUUCCGAUGUUUCAACUCGUUCAUUUGAUUUUGAAAUCGAAAUGAAAACGGGCAAUACUUAUGUCUUCAACAGUGUUGAGAAAGAAGAGUAUAACAGAUUAUACGAUUUUGUUACUAAUAAAAGAUUACGAAUUCGUAAUGCUAAACGUUUGGACAAGCCGACAUAUGUAGAAGAUACUUUCGAAGGGAGUGACGAUGAAAUCGAUCCAUAUAAGGAAACACUUAAACAAGAAGCAAGAGAAAAAGAAGAAGCUUCGUCGGAUGAUACAGAUAGUGAAGAUGAUGAUUAUGAUGUAGAAGCGGACAAACGGAUACAAAAAGAAGAAAGUUCUGGAUCUGAUUCUGAACCUAGUGAGGAAUAUGAUAGCAACGUUAGUAGUUCUAGUGGAAGUGAGAAAUCUGAUGGUGAAACUCCCGCAAAAAAGAAAAAAAAUGAAAAAAUUGAAGAAUCUACUAUAAAAUCCGAAAAAAUCUCUACUGCAAAACCUAAGAAAGAAAAGCAAAAAGAAACAGAAAAAGUUACAAAAAGCAGUGGAAAGAAAGAGAAAAAAAAGAAAGAUCCCAAUGCACCCAAAAAAGCACAAUCAGCUUAUUUUCUUUGGUUCGGUGAAAAUUAUUCAUCUAUUCGUAAGGAAGGAUUAUCAGCAACAGAAGCUGCACAACGAGCUGGAAAAAUGUGGAAAGAAAUAGAUAAUGAAACGAAACAAAAAUACGAAAAAAAGGCGGCCGAAGAUAAGGAACGUUAUAAUCGGGAAAUGAAAGAAUAUUUGGCGAAUGGUGGAGGUGCUGCAUUGUCAUCAUUAUCUCGGCCGAAAAAGACAGCAAAUUCGCCAACAAAAUCUUCUUCUAAAGCAAAAUCAAAAGAAUAUGUUUCUGAUGAAGACAAUGAUUCUGAGAAUGAACCAUUAAAGAAAUCAAUAAAAAAAUUCGAAUCCACCAAAUCUUUACCAAAUCUUUAUUUAUCAGGAAAAGAAAUAUGGGUUCUUUGGCGAAGAUCGGGCCAUAGUUUCCUCGUGCAAACAAGAAUGGAUAAACCAAUAAAACUUGCAAAGGUUACAAAAAUUCUUGGAAGAACUGGUUCGCAAGGGCAAUGCACGCAGGUCUCUUUGAAGAAACAUUUCGAACUUUUUUUCAUGCGUGAGGUUCGUGUUGAAUUUCUAGAAGAUACAAAUCGGUCUAUAGUUCGUAAUGUUAAAGGUCCUGUGCGUGAAGGUGAUAUUUUAACUCUUUUAGAAUCUGAAAGAGAAGCACGUCGUUUGCGAUAA